UGGACUCAGCGGAAGCCUCGCUGCUGAACAAGCUGAUCCGCACGUCGCUGGUGGAGUCCAGCCACCAUGUGGAGAUCCUGCAGCGGGACCCCAGCUCCCCGCUUUUCUCCGUCAAAACCUUCGAAGAGCUGCCCCUGAAAAAGGAGCUCCUGAAGGGGGUUUACAUGAUGGGCUUCAACAGACCAUCCAAAAUCCAGGAGACGGCUCUUCCCCUCAUGCUGGCGUACCCGCCCCAAAAUCUGAUUGCCCAGAGCCAGUCAGGGACAGGGAAAACGGCAGCUUUUGCCUUGGCCAUGCUGAGCAGAGUCAACGCCGCCGAGAAACACCCGCAGUGCCUCUGCUUGGCUCCCACCUACGAGCUGGCCCUGCAGAUCGGGCACGUGAUUGAGACCAUCGGGGAGUUUUGCGCCGACAUCAAGGUGACGUACGCUGUCCGGGGAAACCAAGGUGAGUCUGGUCGUGCCGAGCGGAGCUGCCGGCGCCAUAUCGGGAGUUCA